CGCCGCGAUUGUGAUACACCUAGCAGACCCGAUGCGUACGUGGUGCAGAUUGUGAUCGACUACUGACGCUUCCCGGACAAUAAAAGUUAUGAAGUGUACCGGUUUAACCUUACUUCUGUGGUGCCUUGUGUUUGUGCUCGUUCUACCACGACCGGGAGCAUGUGAAGGCAUCGAAAAGGUGUCCUAUCUGCUACAGUACGGUCCCGGUGUGCAUACGGUAUUCGAGCAGCAAGAAACAUCCGACAAACCAGUGGUAGACACGAAAGAUCGGGUAGCGCCAACGACCACCACACCGUCGACCUUAACCUCGAAACAAACCAGCAGGAGUAGUUUGGGCAGCAAGGCGUCCUCAACCACCAAUUCGGGAUCGUUCGAAUCCUCCACAGUGAGUCACGUGAGUACAGGGGAGCUGCAUCCGACCACUGGCGUGAUCGAAAGUGUUCAAAACGAUGCAUCGCCCUUCCUAACGCGAGUGAACUCAACCGUGCCGGCUGGUAACACCCAAGCUCCAAAGAUCAACACGGUCGGGCACGAGCAGCCGCGCCCUGCUGCCAUUGCCGAUAGAUCAACGGCCCCGGAGCCCGAUCGACGACGUAAUCAGUGCCGCUCCCCGGUCACCGUCCUUCAAAAGCUGCCCCCGCUGCCGCUACCGCCAACGUUGCCCACCUUCGGGGCGUUCCUGCGCUCGGACGUGAUGGUGAACCUGAAGCCGCGGGAGCUCCGCACACUGAUGAGCACGUACAUCGGGCUGAUCGAGGCGUACAAGAGCUUCAACCAGCAGCAGAAGCGCAACAUCGCCCACCUGGAGGAAGAGCUGGCCCGCCACGAGCUUAUCACGGGCCGGGCGGAACGUUUGCGAAACACGAGGGUAGAAAUCUUAAGCAAGUAGGUGAAGAUCGUGAAGAGGAUGGGGAAGAAGAUGAAGAAGAAAACAACGGAAGACGUUGUGUGGUGGUGUAAUAUGUGUUUGUGUCCCUGCUAGUAAAGAGUAUCGCUUUUACUUUUGCUAUCCGAAACCUCCAAAAAAGUUUGACCUUACCGGCACGAUAAGCCACCCUUUGCGCUACGAAGAGCAUCAGGUGUGCGUGUGUUUCGCAACGCCCCCAAAGCAGAAGGUAUGCAUUUCAACCGGUAAUCGUAUGCAGGUUUGGGAGGGCUUCGAUCAUGUUUGCAUUACCGAUCAGAUCUUCGCGUCCGGUACUGCUUAUGUGUCGAGCUGGUUAGGCGCUAGGUGUUAAUUUAAUUUUGUAAUCACCUUGCCCAGGCGAAUGAUCUAGUCGCUACUUCUAAAUCAAACUUCAAAGUCAGGACGAUGGCUUCCAUUGGAGGACUCUGACCAUCGGCGGAAGACGAAGCAAAGCUUUAUAUAGUCCCCCGGCAUGCUUAAACAAGGAGAGAGAGAGAGAAUGUUUUACCGGUUUUUCCCUGUCCCCGAGUGCCAAUUUUGUGCGAAUUUGGAAUUGGAAAAGAAAAGAAAACUACACAAAUAAACCAUUUCGCGAUUGCACUCAAUACAUGAUCUUCUACAUGUUGGAUUUUGUUAGUGCCUUUGAAAUUGUUUUGUCCAGAGCAAGGAAACAAAAUUGUGUUUAUUUUACAAACAUCCCUAUUUUUUUGGCAGUUAUACCUUCAAAAUGAAAGAAUUCUAUCACCGUUAAAACGAUAGCAUCGGGCAC